AUGUCAAAUAACGCACGAAAAGAAACAAAAAUUGGAGCUUGUGCUGAACAUUUGACCAAAGAAUAUAUAAAACAAUGUUCAGAGGGGCGAGAUGGCUCAAGUGGUGAGAGCGCGAAUUUACCGACGGAAGGCCCGUGGUUCGAAUUCGACCUCCGCGUCUCGACUUCCCCUGUCAAGGCUUGGGCAACCUGGCGGUAUCCCGACCCUCGUGCUUCCUUCGGGUGGCAUGGCAGCUAG